GAACUUAAAGCGGGUUUCAGGUCCGGGUGGAGGGUCACUCUGGACGCUCCCACACGUGUUAACACUCGGAAACCUCCGACAUAAAGGGAAAUGAAAUUACAUAUGUCUCAUAUUUAUUCAAACUGUACAGGCUGUAUGCGUAAACUCGAUUCGUUGGGUUACGGAAACUCGAAGAGGAAAUGAAAUAACUGACAAAGAGAGUAGGACAAACUUUUUAGUUUUUAGAGAUCCCGGUAAAAAGAGAGGAUAUUUCAGACAGACUAUGACUGAUCUUUUACUUUUGGUUGAAGGCAUGAAGUUGUGAGAGUGCUUGUUGUCACGGUUCCAGAGGAAACGCUGAGGGUUACUGCUCACCCGCGAAACAGAGCGACUGUCUGCAACUUUCUGUGAAAUAUAAAGCGUAAACUUCACAAUCCAUGAGAGCAUCGAGGACACUAGUAUAACAUGGGCGAGAAACAAGCGCCAGAAAUCGCUAAACUAACCCAAGAUGAAACGAAGGCGGACACCGAAAACCAUGUUAAGCCGGAGACGGGUGACGUGGAGACGCGAGCUGGGAAUCAGUGCGAGCAGGACGGGAAAGAAGGACAGCGACCCACCCGUCUGUACAAGCGGCGCUGGCUGAUCGUCCUCCUGUUUAGCUCCUAUUCACUGUGCAACUCCUACCAAUGGAUCCAGUAUGGCAUUAUCAACAACAUUUUCAUGAAGUUUUACAACGUCGAUGCCUUCACCAUAGACUGGAUGUCUAUGAUUUACAUGCUCACUUAUAUCCCAUUCAUUUUCCCGGUCACCUGGCUGCUGGACAAAAAGGGGCUCCGGGUCAUCGCGCUCGUGGCUACCGCACUCAACUGUGCGGGAACAUGGAUUAAGGUGGCCAGCGUCAGACCUAAUCUUUUUGCUGUCACAUUUCUGGGCCAGUUUUGCUGCUCGUGUGCGCAGGUGUUCAUCCUCGGGAUGCCGUCCAGGAUCGCGUCGGUUUGGUUUGGUUCAGAGGAGGUUUCCACAGCCUGCUCCAUCGGUGUCUUCGGAAAUCAGGUAGGAUGUGGACAGAGUCUUUUCUUCUCAGUCAGUAACCAGGUCAAGUAAAGCCUCGACCUACUCGAUCAUCCAUUUAUAGCUUUGUGUUAUAGUCGUCCACUGAUCUUUUGGACAUCCCCUCAUCUGUUUGGCACGUUUGCGUAAUUACGCACGACCAGGCGACCAAGUUUAUGUUUAGACCUAAUUGUUUUUGAUAGUGCGAGAAUAAAGCAGACAGAAAUCACGAUUCGUCUGAUAGUAGGGUAAAACAAUUCAUUCAUAUUGUCACCAGUGACCCGAUUUAGCACUUGUAGCACUUCAUGGAUUGUAGCUCACAACCAAUAAAUCACCAAUUUAUCAAACUCGGAUGAAGGAAAAUAUUUAUUUUACCAUGUCAAAAGCAUGCCUAACAUAUUAAAAGGAGAUCUUUGCACACUAACGAUCCUAUAUAAACUCGAAGUUCCUGAGAAGUCAUUUGCAUGAAACGCAUGGCUAACUCUACAUGUCUUUUGCAAAUUUGAUGGAUAUAAGACACUAAAGACACCAGUUUAAGGAGGGAGGGAACUCAUUUACCAUGCUAAGGCUGGUGUGACCUCUGUCAUAGAAGAAUUGAUGCCAAAUAACAGAGCAAAACGUUUUGUCUGUACCACAUUUAAAUGCAUAUUUUGAAGCUGUAAGCAGCUCAAGAUACUUAAAUCAGUAAUGCCAAAUCUUUGGGUCCUGACCCCCAAGGAUUGUCAGAUAAUUCCAGGGAGUAGACAUGUUUACAACUGGGUGUUGAAAUGUCAAACAGUUUACUUUUGACUGUGGAGUGGUUUGUCAGUAUAUCACUUCCCCUGAGGACGUAAUAUGUCUCAGGACACUUUUGGACUGUCUGCUUGAGUUGCUACUGUUAGUCUGGUCUUCCUUCAUAUGGUUGGCCCAAUGAGGGGGAGGGCAAAGUGGUAUGUACUCAAUUUUAAAUCCUAAUGAAUAGAAUAUGUAACAUAUAUAUUUUAAUCAAUCUUUCUCAUGCAUUUGAGAGUUUUGUAAUCAUAUGUUUUGUAUUACGUAUAAAUGCAAGACUGCCCUCGGUUUGUCUGAAACAUUGAUGCUGCUGCCUGACAAGCCUGACAAAGACAUUUUUAAUCUCAGUGAGUUUUUUUCCUGGCUAUAUAAACAUCAACUAUAAAACCAGGCUGUACGCCAUACCCAUAGGGCUGUUUUUUAGUGCUUUUUAAUUUACAUUGAAAAUUUAAUUUGACUGUAUAUUUCAUGUUAAAAACAAAAUUUGGGAAGGCACCAGACCAGCAGACAGGAUUUCAAAGAUCAGAAUCGUGCCACUGUAUCAGUAACAAGUAUCAAAUCUGACAUUCAAAGAGUUUCUCCAAACAACACUUGAGUCAACUUACAGUUCAGUGAAAUGUCACCAAAAAGUCAUCAUUCAGUCCAGGAAAAGUUGCUUUGUGUAACUCUCAAUACAGCAGCAUGCAGGCCUAAAGUUGGAACACACAAUAGCUCUGUAUUGAAUAAACUUCCAAACAGCCAUUUUCACAUUGUACCUGCUGACUCCUGCAUAAAGCCUGAUGAGUUCUCAGAGGGGUUUUUUUUGACAGCAGAGGGCUUCUAUCUUUUGUGCAUGAGAAACAGCUUUCUCAGAUGUGUCCAUUUACAAGACAGUUGAGCCUAUGGCUGUUGCAAACAGUCCCCAUAUUGUGUUGUGUCAGAGGUUACUUUGUUCCUUACAAAUGGCUUUUUUGCCUUUCACACAGAAGUUACAAUUACAUGACAUAAUUCAUUCAAGGUCCAUGGUAAAAUAAAUAUUUUAAGCAGAAUGUCAAAGAAUGAACUUCAGAAAUGAAACAUUCAAGCAACUGUACAGGGAUCUUUUGUUGAUAAAUAACAAAUUCUCUGACUGUUUAACAUGCCGUGGCAAAACAGAGGUAAAAAUAAGUUACUGUUAACAGAAAAGUAAACUAAAGUUCAACAGAGGAACAUGUUUAGUUUUCUCCCCAUCCUUGUUUUUACUCAGACAAAGGCUUCCAAAGGCCUGAGUUUGUAGGAGUGGUCUAGGUGGAAUUGGAAGAUUUUCUGUAUUAACAUCACAUGACAGGUCUGAAGAUAUGUGCAGAUAUGUGAGUUGUGAAUGGACUCCAGUAACUCCAACUGCACUCACUCUCUGCUCUCCGCUGUCUUCGUAUAAAGCGUCUUUUCACAACAGGCAGUUAGCACACAGGACGGCAAGCUGUCCGGACACAAGCUCUUAAAGUUUAAGCCCCCUUACCUCUCACACUGUGUGGGCCCACUCUAGGAAGGUGAAAAUGCCACAAAACAAUACUUUGAAAGACAACCAUGCAAAUCCUGGUCUUGGUGUUGAAGAAUGGCCUGGGUCCAAAGCUGCAAAGAAUAUCGCUCCAGGCUUUGCUUCGCUGCAGUGGAGUCCAGGACCUUUGGGCAGAGCCAUCUCCAUCAGUUCACGGUUAGACGUCGAGGCUUUGCACUCUGACCAAGCUGAGCUGGUUCCAAAGAGUGAGGCCAAACUUUACCAUCGCCGCUGGGUCAUGCUGUUUCUGUUCAGCUGUGUUUCAGCCAGUAAUUCCUUCAUGUGGCUUCAGUAUGGCAUUAUUAGUAAUAUAUUCGUGCGAUUUUACAACAUUGGCUCCUUGGCAAUUGACUGGUUGUCCAUGAUCUACCUCCUCACUUACAUCCCUCUGAUAUUGCCUGUCCUCUGGCUCCUGGACAACAGGGGGAUCCGGGAUGUGGUCCUCGUUGGGGCAGCAUUUAACUGCAUUGGUGCUUGGAUAAAAAUUGGUAGUGCCAGUCCUGAAUUCUUCCCAGUCACCUUCUUUGGCCAAUUUAUUUGCUCUGUAGCCACCGUGUUUGUCCUUGGUAUACCCUCUUACCUUGCUUCAGUGUGGUUUGGAGAGAAAGAGGUUUCCACGGCUUGUUCCAUAGGAGUUCUUGGAAACCAGGUUCGUCUGAAUACUACAAUACUUUUUUCUGUUCACUAAGCCAGUCUGUCUGAGAGCCAUCUGUAGAUUAUGCAGGGCUGCACUGGAUGCCAAAGUUGUGUAAGACUUCUAGUGUCUUGGUGUGAGGGGCCGAGGGAUAUUGUGUUAACCAUUUGUUGAAACCUGUAUGUGGUUCUCUGUAUUGUUGUAGCCAGUUUAAUGUUACAAUCCUUUCCAAAUUGUCGAAUUUUGAGUGAAACAGAUGACAGAGAUGCUGUUGAUAUUGAUAUUGUUCAUAUUGCAAUUGAAAAAGAAAUAGUUAUAGGAAAAUAUGAUUGUCUUUCAUACAGUACAGUCCACUGUCAUGCUCAUGCAAAGUAGUCUCUGGCGGAAACUGAUGGUCAAAACUGAUUUCACAUCUAUUUGAAUACUAAAGAUAUAGACUAAAAUAGGUAUUGCCAUAUGAUAUGCUCUUGAUAAGACAGAAUAUCUUUUAAAAUUACAUAAUAAUCCGUACUCAAAGCUGUGUAACAACAACAUUAUUUCAACAGACUUGUAAAACUAUUUUGUUGGUCAUGUAAAUCAGCUUACACCAAAAACUUCAAAACUCAGGGUGAGGCUAGUUUGUAUAUAUAAUAUACUGUCAUAGUAGUCUGUUCCAUUUUUUCUAAUGUAAAAAUACCAGAAAUAUGACUAAUAUUAUUUUGAUGAUGCUGGCUGUACUGGCAAGAGAAGAAAAUCGUGACUGAUCUGAAAUCUGACUAAUGUCUAAUAUUACAAGACUGUUUGAUAGUAUUGCAGAAUGUGACCGAACAGGUUGGAAUUCUUAGCUUGCAAAGUUUUAAGUAGCUAACAAUAAUCUAAGCAAGUGUAAGCAUGAGCUUUUGCCACUAAGGUGCUGAAAGCUUACCUAAUUAGUUAUAAAAAUUAUUCUUAGCUUGACAUCAGAGGCAAACAUUUUAACUUUAUUUUUGGUAAAUAGGGUUCAAAGUUAAAAACAAUUCCUCUUUUUUUCAGCUAAUCUAAUUUUAUAUUGUCUAGAAAACAGUUAUGAGUUAUAUGUUACUUUUCUUGCAGCUGGGUAUCGCCAUUGGGUUCCUGGUGCCUCCUAUCCUUGUGCCAAAUGUGGACAACUUAGACGAGCUGGCUGAUCACAUAAGAGUUAUGUUCUACAUCACAGCUGGAGUGGCAACCUUGCUCUUCAUCCUUGUCGUCUUUGGUAAGAUAAGUGUUUUUGCAGUCAACCAAUUUUUUUUCUAACAAAUUCAUGUUUUAUGUGGCCACUCAGGUGGUUUUUGAUUUUUCAGCCAAUAGACAGUAGCUCCAAAGACAUUCCUUAACUCAGUCAUGAGUUAAUUCAGAGAAUUUCCCAGAGUGGAGGUGUGAAUGUUUUCUUCAGUUUGGAUUUCUUGAGUCUUUAGAUAGCAGAAGAGAAAUUCACUUUCCUCAAUUGCAUUCAAAUGAGGGCAGUGUUCAUCAAAUCAAUCAUAUUGAAGGUUCAGCAGUGUUGAAUUUUAUAUAAAAUUUAGAUAAACUAAAUUUUUUAGUCAUGUCAAAUUGUGUCUAAUUUACGGUACUGUGUUGCCACAGAUUUUUGAUGAAUGGGCAAAGAGGUAAACUGGUCAGUGAUGCAACUAAAUAGACACAAUGUAAUGUUUGAGUGUCUUUUUGUCUGCCCGUUGAAAAUGUUCUCAUUGAAUGGGCCUACCUGGUGGUGGUUUUCAUUUACCCUCUGACAAGGAGUUCCAUUUUCUGAAUAAGAGAAGUGCUGACCAGGAUAUUUGCACAAAACACAAAACCCUCUCUGAAGAGGGGGUUUGACAGAAAAGACACUGUUGUGGUACUCGUAGGAUCAGCAGGAAGAUCAUGGGAAUGGGAACCAAAUAAAGAGCAUUUCAGCACGCUGAACAGGAUCAGUAUUUUUCUGAACAGUACUUGGUACUUUUAGACCGCAACAUGCCUUGAUCAUAUUUUGUUUGAGAGGAAGGUGGCACAACUUGAUUAGCAUAACAGAUUUUAAGUAAGCAAGCACAGAUGGUUGGUUAAACUCUUAAACUUUGCUGCUAAAUGUUUUUUGAAUACUUUUCACUUUGUUCCACCAAUCAAACAUGGAAUAAUCUUUGUCAAGAGUUUUAUUUGCAUUGUAUGCUUGUUGCAGGUAGUUAUUAGAACAGUGUUUCUGUCCUACUUAAGUGAGGAGGAACUAUGAUCACGUGUAAUUGAAUGGGGAGGUGGUUGAGUGUAAAGAUGAUUAAUAAGGAUGUGGCUAUGAACAAUUUGAUAAGUAUGUGUUAUUUUAAAGAAGCGAGGACAGGGUGGUUCUCAAAGAGGAGGAACAAGUUGUAUGAAGAAGCUGUUGUGCUGUCACAGCAGAGUCAGGGUGGGAGAGCCUGUUGGUGUGCUGCUGCAUUCAGAAAUACAAAAGAAUCCUUGUGAUGGCAUUCUGUAGUAACACCACACAUAACAUUCAGAGACAGUCAACUGCCUGUGCUGUUAAUGGAACACCUUAAAAUGCAGAAUCAAGCCCGUCUCUUGAGAUACAGCUGACUGGAAAGUUUAAUUUAUUCGUCUUAAAAUUUGAUGUUCCAACUUUCUAGUUUGUCAUUGUAAAAGUUUUAUUUUUGCAUGGGGCCCCUUGACACGAGGAAAAAAUAAACUCAUGGGAUAAACACAACUCUUAUGCUAAUUUGGUAAGAGGGGUGCUUCUUUUACUGUAUACCCAAUCAUGACCCUCACUUAUUCCAAUGAGCCUGUUCACCUGCUGAAUGUUCUAAACAGGUGUUUUUAGAACAUUCCUUAAUUUUCCCAGACUUUACUUGACUCUGUCCCAAGUAUUUUGGGACAGGGGCAAAAUAAUUGAAUAUUUGCAAAAAAUAAGGUAUCAGUCUGAACAUGAAAUACCUUGUCUAUGUGGUGUAUUCAAUUGAAUAUAGGUUGAAAAGGAUUUGUAAAUCAUUGUUUUCUUUCUUUAUUCACACUUUACGCAACGUCCCAGUUUCAUUGGAAAUGGGGUUGUAACAGACCUCUGGGUAAGAAGAGUAACUGAUCCAGCUCUUAGUCACUCCAGUGAGUUAAUUCACAGCAGUUGGCCCACAGUAGAUUCAUAAUAUGACACAUCAACUAACACAUGUAGCCCACCCUCUGGGCCAUCUGUAGCCAUGCAACAGGCCUCUGAGUCAGCAGGACAGACAAAAUCCCAGGAUCUAAAGAUCAGCACCAAUUUUUUUUUUUUACAAAAUAUAAAAUCUACACAGAAGUAAACAUAUUGCUGAGAAAAACUUUAACAAAUAUUUACAUAAAUGUGCAUACAAUACAGCACACACCAAAUAAACAGCGCAUAUGUAGACAUCCAAACCAUACAAAUGCACAACUCUAUACAUAUGUUUACUAAUACACAAAUAUAAAAUGAAAGAUUCGAAAUAGAUAAUUCAAUAAAAUGAGAUAAAAAUAAUAAUAAAAAGAAUAGACAAAUAAAUAGAUAAACUAAAAUCAAAUAAAAAUGUAGCCCCUCACUGGAAUACCAGGGGACCAGCUAUUUAGUUUAACUGCAGAGAUAUAAGUUCUCAUCAACCAUUUAUACGGUAACAGCUUCAUUCUUGUGUUAAGUAGCACCAAGUUUAAGCAGGACGAGGUAAGUGAAGGUGUUUGGCUGCUGGUUUGUUUGAAGGAGGUUGGCAGCGAGAGUACCUCAGUAGAAGGAUCUGGUCAGCUCAAGUAAGGGCUUAAGUAAGGGGAGGUGUUGUCAGAUUGGCAUGCAUAAAUCAUUUUCAUAAAUUGAUUAAAUAAAACAUACUGUCUCCUUUAAAUACCAUUGACUUCACUUGUAGUAGAAUUUAGCUUUAUUUAUGUCCAACUGAAAGUCUUUGUGUGUUGCCAGAGAAGUUUUUUCUAAGAACAGGUUUGUUAAAUUUGAUCAGAUUAGUGAUCACAAACCCUCAGGUCAAGUCAGCUGCUGUCUCAGCUGCAAGAACAAGUACAGACAGAUGUUAAAGUCUCCUAAAUGAGGCCUGAGGGCCUGAGCUUUCACUAGGAAAGAGGCUGACUGAAACAGCUUUAUUUUUUCCUCUCUUUUUUUCUCCCUAUUUCAGUCUUCCAGGAGCGUCCAAAACUUCCUCCAACCCAGGCCCAAGCCACAGCUCGUCUUAUUCCACCAGAGCAGUAUUCUUACACUGCCUCCAUCCUCAGGCUGCUCCGCAACAAGCCCUUCAUCCUCCUCAUCAUCACUUAUGGUCAGUCAUUUCCAUUCUCUUUAUUCUCUGUAUAAUUUGAGAUAUGCUUUAAUUUGUAAUUUUACAAAGGAUUGUUGUAUAUAUAUAUAUAUACAGUAUAUUUAUAAUAUAAUAUAAUAAAAUAAAAUAUAAAAUAACAUAAUAUAAUAUAUAUAUAUAUAUAUAUAUAUAUAUUAGUUUUAGUUGUCACUGUGAAUUCUCACAAUUGGUGUUAAAUUGAUCCUCCAGCGUGAAAGUUUUACCAGAUAUAGUGAUUGUCCAACACACACCUCCACAUCAAUGAGUGUUUCAUUGUGGUCUUUAAAUGUUUAUUUGAUCAUAAAUCCCUUAAAAGAAGACACUAGUCAUGAUUUGUCCAAAGCUCAUAAAGCAGUGAUGAGUGUCUAAUGUGAUCGGGUUCAAAGUUUGCUUACAGUCUGACAAUGUUUUACAAAUGUAUCUCUUCACCCUGACCACAAGGUCAAACUUUUUUUUUUUAAGUGAAAGCACUCUAGGAUAGACUGGGAUAGAGAAGUCAAGUUUGUCAAGUCACAGCAGCUACUUUGUCUUAAACAGCUGUGAGCAGUUUGAGGAAACAUAGCCUUGCCCUCCUGUGACAUGUCACAUGACACAACUCGUGACUAUUAUUAGUGUUUGUUCCUGUGUGUGAUCUCUGGGCUGCCACAUGAGUUCACUAUGUCUCAGGUUUACCUGUGAUUGUGACACAUGUCCCUGUCUGUUUCACUCAGAGCUAUAGCUGAUGAACUGAAUGUACAGUUAAGAUCAAGUACCAGGCUAGUUUUGAUUAAGAUGACAUCUUCAGCAGGUUUAUCCUCUUACUGUUUUCUUUCAUAUCAUAUUUAUGAACAUUUGUAAAAGUGUUUUAAAGCAGGUGUGAUCUGUGUCUAUGUAAAGGACUUCAUCUCACCUUUCUCAGGAAAAGCACUCAGUGUAGACUUGUCCUUUUAUAGGAAUCUUUGACGACUCAGGAAAGGUUUGUUUUGGAAACUGGCCUGAUAAGGUUCAUUUGUCAUAACUGGAAACUAAAACUCUUUCACUUCUCACAUGAAAACAUUUAAUUAUUCACUCAAAAGGAAAACUUAACUUGAGUUUUCUUUGUGGUAUUUGAACCUCAUUUGAUUAUAUUUUUCCAUCGUUACAGGUUUAAACGUGGGUUGUUUCUAUGCUGUCGGGACCCUACUGAACCGCAUGAUCAUUGAUCAUUAUCCUGUAAGUUCUGCCUACUCGAUUGUUAUACGGAGAGAGGGAAAGUAUAGGCAAAUGUGUGCACAAUAGUGUCUGGCUUUGGUAUUUAUUCUAUUGAUAUCUGUUCUAAGUUCACUCAAAGGCUUAAAGGUUGAAGUUAAUACAUUUCCUAUUUCCUCACAAAUCUGCAGCUUUAGCUGUAACCUUUAAUCCACAGAAAUAAUCCGACAACAUAAAUGAGCGUGAUUUAAUACUCUUAAUCCAAGCAGGUAUUUCUAACCAGAAGUUUAGUCUGUUAUAGAAGUUAAAGCGAUGGGUGUAAUAAUGUCUGUAUUAAAACUCUUUGGUAUCAAAUGAGUGGAGCUGAUAGGGAAAACAUAUUUUCUUAUUUUUUGAAGUAUGAGCACAAUGGUGUAUACAUGAAAUAAUUCUGCUGAAUGAAACUUAAAUUUCAGUUCAGGAAUUAUUCAGAAGAACUCCCUUGUUUGAAGUAAUUGCUGCUCACUUUAAAGCUGCCCUGCCCUCACAUGGUAUGUAAGGUCACAGUCUUUGUUCCAUCUUUCUCGACCCCCCAGGGAGAAGAGGUGAAUGCUGGAAGAAUCGGCCUCACUAUAGUCAUUGCAGGGAUGGUUGGCUCCCUGAUCUGUGGAAUCUGGUUGGAUAAAACUAAAACCUACAAGUGAGUUUCAAGCAUCAAAAAGAGAUUCAAAAACAAAGCUGUGUUUGUUGCUGAAGAAACUUUUUCUGUUCUGUUUAUUGUGAUUAAUGAACUCUCCUCACUGCUGUGCUUGUUUAGUGUUUAUGUUGCUGUUGGGGCUGUGUGUGUUGUUUAUCCAGCUGCCGCUUGCUGCUGUUACAGUGAUCUCUGAUCUCUACCUCUAAGUGUCUGACCAGGGGGCGGGUUUUAUUAAACCCCCUCAGUCUUUUGUUCUGUGAUCAGGCGUGUUUGUUACAUAGAUGCAGGGGCAUGUUCGAUCAGAUCUGGCUUUGUUCUGUUUCACUUACUCCCACAGAUAUGUUAAUUACACUAAUUGCCCAAUCUCAUAGACUUUGUAGUUCCCAGGAAUUUUGUGUAAGACUGUUUAGAGAAAGAUUUUAGAUGUAAGAUUUCCGUUGACAUUAAUCAGCUAAAAGUUAGCAGCAUUCAUUCAAAAUGUUGAAAUCAUACUUAAGUUUCUCCUGGCUGUCCAUGACUGUCCUUUUUUUCUCAACUCCUAAGACCUCAGUUAUUGUGGAAUAAACCUGUUUAUUUCACAAAGUUUGCCAAUUUCUAAUGCUCAUAGCAACCAACAUUUUACCACUGUCAAAAUGCAGAGAUAAAAUGUGUCAGAAUCCUUGUUACGGACUUGAUUUGAUAUGGUGUGCAACCAAACUGCUCCUAACAUCAGUUUUGCUCUUUAGGAAUAAUCCCCUUAUAAUCGUAUGUUGACCAAUCAAGUUUAAGCACUUAUCACAGUUAAAGUUAGGGUUAGUAAUAACCGCUUAUGAUCUCCCUGUAAUGGAAACAACAUCAAACUGUUUUUCGGUUCCUUCCUUCACAACAGUCAAGAUUAGCCAAGAAGAUCUGUUCUUAGUAUUAGCCUAUGCUGUGUGUAGUUUCUAAAUGUAUUGAACGCAUAGCAAAGCUAUCCUUUUUCUGAGCAUACUGUUUUCUUGUUACUGCAAUCUCAGUAGAUUCAUAAAUUCCAUAACAAGCAGCCUACUGUAAUGCAAUUUACCAUGAUAUGGUUGAUGAAAGAGUUGAAUAUUGUGCCUCUUCCAUGUUUCUCCAGGCAGACAACUCUAGUCGUUUACUUCAUGUCUCUUGUGGGGAUGAUAGUGUACGCUGCAACACUAAGUCUGGGACACCUAUGGGUGGUCUUCAUCACCGCUGGAGCUCUUGGGUACUUUUUAAUGCAUUAAUUCUACCUUGUGUGUUGUUUGUUUAGGAGUAGACAUUGACAUUUAAUAAUAUUGAAUGUACUAUAUGUGUUGUAUGUUCUACAAGUAAAUUUAAUACCAAAACAAGACCAAACACUCAUGACUUGUGGCAGUAUAAGUCAAUAGAAACAGACUGAAAUGCAAGCACAGUAGCUCUAACAAUGAGCUUAUUCUAAGUCAGAUGUCUGUGUUUCUUCAACUAACCUAAUUGACUCACAAAUAUAAAGUUGUGCAACUCUUUCCCAUUUAAAUUCACUCAUCUCUCUUUUUGUCAUUUUUGCAAGUCAGCUAUUUCUGUUGACACAUGCACCAAUAAUUUACAACUUUGUUUAUUUAGCCCUCUGAGCCUUCGAGGUUUUCAAGUUUAGCAUUUACACAUCACACCCUGAGACCUAGGAUGAAGAUCUGCCCUUUAACAUAGAAACACAGGAUUGUAGUCAUAUGUGGAGCAGAGGUUAAACGGUCUCAUGUUCAAUGGAGAGGAAAGCACAUGUGACAAAGUAAAGAAGUUCAUUCAUUUUUUAUUUCUCUCUGUAUCUUUUUUUAUUAAAGCAUAGGUAAAUAACAUUAACAAAUAAAAUAAACAUACCAAAAGUGGGAUUAAUAAAAGUAAUCAAAAAAAGUUAUAAAAAUAGAAUUUAAGGAAGGACUUUUCCUUUUAGAUAAGUAUUGCAGUGCAUAUCUGUCUAAAAUUAUCUUUAAAGAGAGGAAGAAAAAAACAGAUCUUGUGUCUUGUAGUCAUAACCUCUGAAUGAGUUUGGCUAGCUUAAUAUUUCUGCUGGAAUUCCUGGCCUACUGUUAAUACACCUGUUGUAUAUUGAGGGGCAAGCACAAAGGGUGUGAGACCCCUGUUGGAACCCCGGGGAUUAUUAUUGAUAUGCAUUUUGCUAAAAUAGUUGCUGUAUUGUAGGCUUAAGUAAAAUAAAGAAAGAUUUAUUAAUUAUUUAGUACAUGAAUUUGUUAAUAUGUUGUCUCGAAAAUUUUUUAAGAAGGUAGAUUAUUUCAUUAUUUGUAUUUGUUUGUGGCAAUUUACAUCCACCUACGUGCAAUUGUCAAAAAGUCGGUCACAUGCUGCAGUUCAUCUUAAAGAGGAUUCAUGUACGUAGUUACUUGAUAUUUUUAGCCAUGAAGCCACUUAUGUCUGUAAGUUACAAAUGUAAACAUUUAGAAGCCUCUGUAUGUUUACAAUCUGUUUCCAGCCACUCCAUCUCUUUGAGGUUAAUGUUUCUCUGUUAUUUAUCUCUGGUGCUCUUUUUAAGUUUUAAUUAAGUGUGAAUCCCUGCAGUAUCCUUUCUCUGAGUGACAUUCAGUCUGAGAGGCUAGUUUGUCAGUUACAACCUCACUUAAGGCUGAUAUCAUGUACAUUGCUCCUCUAGUUUUCCUAUUUUCCUUUAAAUCGUCUCCUAUUUAAGCAGUAUUACGGCUUUAUUGGUGUGAUAGACCAGAAAUAGUUAAGAUUAGUUAAGAUUUGAUCAUGGCAAGAACUCUGGGAUAGAGGGCGAGUGUGUUGCUCUGCAGCUGCUCUACACCUGCUUGUCACAUUUCAAUGCACUCCAAACCCCAAGGUGCGAGGGCCCAUUCAUUGCCGUUUGCAGCUUUAAAUUGUUUGUAUUUUCUAUGGUUACAAUUAUGUUUUCAUCUAUUCUCUUAUGUAUUUCUUCUCUAGUGGAGCUAAAGAAUAGAUUAGAAUAGUGUCAUAAGUCUUAAAUAUUGUUUUACAAUAUACAAUAAACACUUUCGUCAUUGAGUUUCAUUUGGUGUCACUGAAGUGGGAGGACAGGGUGUUGCUGUUGAUGAAGGAGACUGUCUGAUCCAUUCUUUCAAACCUGUUGUUCCUGUAAAACACGAUGACAUCUAAGAGAAGGGUGUUUGUCUAAAGAUAGUGUUUGGUCAGUUUAGAGUGUUAUUGAGACAAACUAUUGGAUCCCAUUGGUGGAAAAUCCUGCCUUCUUGCCCCAGAAAAAUUAUAUUUUGACAGAAAAAAUAAACUUUUGCUAAUGUAAUGAGGGGUUAUGUGCUCUUUGUGUGUGUGUAUAUGUCCAGGUUCUUCAUGACAGGCUAUCUGCCGCUGGGAUUUGAAUUUGCUGUUGAGCUGACGUACCCAGAGUCAGAAGGAACUUCUUCAGGACUCCUUAACUGUUCUGCACAGGUACAGCUCAAUGACUUGAAAUAUAACUUUAAAAAAUGUUUUUGAAAAGCUGUGCAUCACCUGAGAGGAAAAUGUUUGUUUCUGCAGGCUUUGCAGAAGUAAAGUGGGCCCUUAACCACUCAAACUCAGAAAAGUUCAUCAAGAAAACAAUAGCUUAAACAAGUCUUCAGAAGCUGCUGGUUCAUUUAAAUGUACAUUUACAAGCUACCUGCUAAUUGAUUUUAAAUAAGUUUCAAUAAAUUUGCUGUUUAAAUGGCAUACUUUUCUUGAAUGCACCAUUGCUGACUACUGGAGAGUUGUUCUUGGGUUUAUUUGCUAAGUAAUUAAAGUCAGAGUAAGUGCUGUUUUUGUUUUUGUUGUUGGUUGUAGCUGGAGGGUGUGUUAGUAUGCAUGUGUUUGUGUUUGGUCUGUUUAAAACACCAGUUUUUUUCUUAGCAGUUGUUUUUUUUUUUUGCAUGCACAGGUGUUUGGCAUCAUUUUCACAAUCUGCCAGGGGAAGAUCAUCGACAGCUUUGGCACACUAGCUGGAAACAUCUUCCUCUGUGUCUUUCUUCUAAUUGGCACGAUAAUGACAGGUAAGACCUUCUGAUAGCAAAACAUGUGCAUAGUCAUAACAAAUGAAUAUUAUUACAAAUAGCAACCACGAAGAACUGUCUCCAUCUGUUAUUAUUUCUGUCAUGAGUUUCUGUGAUACAGCAAGUGCAUUCUUGAUUUCAAGAAUCCAGAUGCAGGGCUGCACUUUGAUACACAUUUAGUGUUUCCUGGAGAGUGAGAAACCUAUUUUAAUAUACUGUGAACCUACGUAAUUGUGUUUCCUGACAGUUUAACCUUAAAAGAGUUCAAAGUCGCUGUGCUUUUUUAAAUGGAAGUUUAGGCAGACCUCUUUGUUCUCUCCUCACUCAACGUGUUUUUCAUCAUGUGGUCUGAGUAGAACAAAGAAAAGCAGCAUCCAUAAACAUUUUGUUGUCCUCAUCAUUUUGUUUUUCUCAUUAAAAAAGUUAUGUUUGUAAUCAUGCUUUAAAUAGUUUUCAUUUCUUGCCACACAGCUUGUUUUCAGAUGUUCAAUUUGAGCUGUCUAGCUGGGGUCAAAGUUAAGCUGCUUUAGCCAUUUUUCAUGGUCCAUUGAGGGGUUUAUGAGCUAAGUAUCACUCAUUAAAAAUGCUUUAGCCACUGAAGCGCUUAACUUUGUUCACACAUGAAAAAAAAACACUGCAAGAAUAAGUAAGAAGGCUUGUCUGCGCACAAAGGUCAUCACACUGACUCACUGUGUUUUUUUGUUUGUUUGACAUUUAGAUAUGAAAGUCUUCUCAGUUGUUGUCUCAUCAUACCAGUUUUCAAAGGGAAAAAAAAACAGUUUUGUGGAAAAACUGCGACUGAACUCCCACUUCUUUGAUUUGUGAUAAACUGUUGAGUCUUGGAGGUACACCAACAGUUUGGCACCUUUUGUAAUAUGUGGAAAUUUAGUUGGGAAACAUUACACCUUCGGUUAGAGUCGAGCUUAAUGAAUAAGUUACAACAAACCUUUUUCUUUAUAUAAUUUGAGAGUGCAAAGUUUGAAGGUUAGGCACAUUGUUAUUCUCUUGGGAUUUGCUGUUGGGAAACACAAAGCAAACACUAACAGAGCCACCGUUGUGAAUGAAAUGUGUCUGCACAGUGAAGCCAUCUUGUGGAGAGUCCACUUUAUUACACCAUGCUGUUCAACCUCAACUAUUUUUCUCUAAUAUUUCUCUAACAUGACUUUUAAACAUAUUUAUAUCAGUGGGAUUAAUGUGAUUGACCUUUUUUUUUUUUGUUUUUCUAGCUGUGUAAAGGAUAACUGGUGUGCUCAUUUUUCAAUGCAAUAUUUUUCCUUUCUGUCUUUAUGUCUUGGUAGGAUUAAUAAAAUCAGAUCUGCGGAGACAAAAUGCAAACAUGUUGGCCAAAGCAGCUGUAAGUAAAACUUCAUAAAUCUAGAUAUUUUUGUUUGUUUGUUUGAAAAAUCCAAGCGACCACAGUUUCAGGUGCUGAUAUGCUAAAAAUGUCUCAGCGGAGCAACAGUUUUUUAUUAAGAUUGAGUCAUACGACAGGAAAUACCUGCACUUCUCCUAAAAUAAUGACCAAAUUGUCUUUCAUGAAACGUGUCGUACAUACUUUCUUGACACAAGUCUGCAUGGAAAGUUUGCUGUCACAUGUGCGUCUCGUGCAGCCCUGGAAAUUUUUUUUUCCAUGUGCUCUCUAUUGUGUCGAAUUUAGAUGCCAGUUUAAAUCAACUGCUUGCCUUCACCAGUUUUCCAUGAAAAUCAAAUUAGACACAAACUACUAACUCAUCUUCUUUGCCUGUUAAGCUGAUUUUAUUGAUCGCAGGUGUCUGCAUGGUAUGAAACCAAGCAUGUAUAUUCUUAUGUGUCAUGAAAUGUGACAGACCAAUCAAUUACUUUGGAUGCUAUCACAGACAAAAUUGUGGUUUUAGAUGCCUGGGUGGGUCUCCAAGCACUAUAUGGUGGAGUUAGUAGAGUGUUGUCAAAAAAUUACUUGAUAUAUUCUUUACAAGUGUGUACUUGGAGCAACAGAGCAGAUGUUUUGUUCAGAUUUUUGCUAUUUUCUGGAGAGUUUGAGAAAAAUAUUGGUACCACACUCUCAGAUCUGUUCAUCCAGAAAAAGAACGAGCUGGAAGAUGAUUUGUUUAGCCAAGCAUUGGAGUGAAAAAGGGCAAAAAGCCUUUCUGUACCGUAGGGGUCUUACUUCACUGGAUAGCUUUAGAUAGUAAUAGUUAUCAUAAUAGAUCAACUGCACUCAGGCACAGAAGAAAUAAUAUGCAGUUCAAUGCAAGGUAAAGCUCUGAUAAGGAGUUUUUAGCUGGAUGUGAAACAAACUAAAACCAGCACUAAGCUCUUUAAUUAUUACAGAAGUAAGCACAGAGGCCAGUUAAAAGAGGAUUUUGUAGAUGUCCAUGUAGUUCCUUUUUGCUGACUAAAAGUGCUGAUGCAGGGUAAGUGUCAGAGGAAGUGAUAGACACACUGCAGAAACAGUCUUCUUUUUUUUAACAUUUUCCCAAGUAAAACAUUUGAUAGUUAAAAGAAAGCAGAUUUUUUUCUUCUCACAAGAUAGGAGGUGCCACUUUGUCCAUACAAAAUCAUCAGAGAAAUAGAACCAAAUGAGAUGGUAUUCAUUUGAGCAGCUUCACUGUGCACUGGAGAUCUUCACCUCGACAAAUGCUGAAUGAAAAAUGAUCAGUAGCUGUUGUUUUAGGCGGAGGGGCAGAUCUCUGGACAAGACUAUGGAGCCACAGCACUAAUUUCCACGCCGCAGACUCCUCCUUCUCAAGCCUGAUCAAUAAACCUUUCUGCUUCCACAAAAAGAGCAAAAAAUCUUCUCAAAUAUUAGCUCAACAUGAAGAGGCACAAAGGUAGGAGCACUGAGCAAUCAUCACACACUGCUGCCAAUCACCUGCUUUCCUGAAUCUCUCUCAGUUUCUGCUGAUUACUCUGGAAAAUAUUCCUUCAUUUAUGUAAAGAUAAAACACACCUCACUUUGUGAUUUUCUUUUCAUUUACAUUCAAGUCUCUUUCAAAUGAAUUUAACCAAGAGAAGGUUAUAACACCAAUCACAGAUUAUGAACAUGAUUCAUUUUACGAUAAUCAUAAAGCAAUAAAAAGAACAGACUGUCACUUUGACACGGUAUCUUGUUUACAGUGGAAUAUCACAGUCUCCAAAUGAAUCAGUUUAUGGUGUAGAUUGGUGACUGAUUUAAACAGUAAAUGCUUGUGUUUUGUUAGAUUUAACAUCUUUAUUGGACACAUCAUAGACCCAGCAUUUCCAAACUUCCCCUUUAGUUACAGCUUCACCAGCAUUCAUUUAUGGGUUUUCAUGUGUUGUUACCGGCUCUCCCUCAAUAAAGAUAAUUUGAUAUGUAGAGGUGUGAGUACGAAAGGAAUGAUAGACAUAUUCAGCUAAAUUUUAGCGUCCAUUUACAUUUAAGGGGGCUUUUGUACACUGUAAAAACUCAAAUUUAUCACAGAGAUUAUUCCUUUUUACAAGGUUACAAGAGAAAAACAGGUUCUGGACUGUGUGUAAUAGAAAACAUGAUCUGUUAAUACAUCCAGCAAAAGUUCCUUGAUAAGUUUCUUGAGAUAAAUAUAACAACUUAAUCAAGAAUCUUACUGAUGGAAAUUUUUUGAGUUUGAAAUUAAAAAGAAACUGGUAAGUAUUUUUGUAAUAUUUUAAAAUAAGGGAUAUUCCUGGACUUGUUAGGUCUGUUUGAAUGACAUUUGGUGUAAUCAGCUUCAACUAGUCCAUACCCAAGAUCUUAAAAGUGAUAGAAGUUUUAGCAAAGAUUUGAUUUUUUUUUUCCCCUUUGCAGUGUAGUUUGAAUUCCACUUCUAAAAACAUGUUUCUUUUUUGCAAAGGAUUCACUUAAUUUCUGAAUCCAAAUUGUAACAAGUACUAGAUCGAUGUUCAUGGUGGAUUGUGAAGUUGAAACUUGUCUGUUGUCCAUGCUGUGGCUUGCUGCCUGCCAUUGUUAGUAAAACCUGCUGUGAAAGGGUCCUUGAGUGUAACUUCAUUUUUGUUUCCACCUGUUUCCAGUCUUCAGACCGUUAUUCCAUUUGAAAUGAAAAUAUCUUUAAUCCAUUACAAGAAAGUUGAAAGAACUACUCACAGCAGACAACUUAAAUUAUAUCCACGAAUUGAUCCUUUUGGAUUGAUCUUUCUUUUGUAAUCUUUGGAUUAAAAAAAAAAAUGCCUUGAGCUAUAUCUUUUAUUUACCAGGAUAGAACAUAAAGACUAUACGUCGAUAUUCAAAUGAGGACAAAAGUACAAGGAAGAUAACCCCCCAAAAAAUCUAUGCAAAUAUUUACUUUUCCUAUCACCAGCCAUGAAGGUCACCUUGAGUGUUGUUUGUAUGUAAAAUUAACUCAAACUGACAAGUUACAGUGAACUCUAGAGAGACAAAAGGCUGAACCUCAACAAUGUUCAUUAUUUUCUGCUUAUGGAUUUUUGUUUGUCUUUUAGAAAUGUUUAGAAAUGUUUUUUUAAUUUAAUUUAAUCAAAUUUAAUUUAAAUCUUUUUUUAACUCUGUUUCAAAUAUAAACUUAAACUAGUGUUAAUAUGAAAAAGACAAUCUUUCCUGUCCUGAACGAUCUAUGAAGUUUGUAUUUACAUGCCUGUUUUGAAUUUAAGGAACCCUUGGAUAUUUCCAAUGGAACCACGGCUGAACCUACUGUCAUCAAAGAGGCCAAGUUUUAGAUCACAUACACACACAAACUCAAUCAUGAAUGUAGCAGCCUCUGGACAUGUGUAUGACCUUUUUCUUGUUACGGUGUAACAUAGAACAACACAAUCAGAAAGUCUUUAGGUUCACUUCCCUUCUGAGAAGAGUUAGAUUUACAUUUUGUCAUUAAUUAAAAAAAAAAAAAAAAAAACUAAAACACCUAAAUUCUUCUGUUUGAUGCACAAUUUAAUGUUCAAUUUGAUUGUUAAGAAAUAUUUUUUUAUGAAUUUGUCAUGAAAUAUUCUUAAUUUGAAAGACUAUUUUGUGAUUUUGGUAUUACUUGUCAGUAUUUUAGGAGUCUACAAAAUUUAUUAUAUGUUGUAAGUCAAUAUCUACCAUUAUGUCCCACUGUUUUUCAUUACUCAGCUAACCAUAUAAAUACAGUGUCGGUGUUGCUGUUGUGAUUGUUGUAGAUAAUCUUUGAGAUUCUGAUUAUUUAUACAGCAGCAGAUUAAAUUAUUUUUAAUCCAGUCCACAGAAAGGGAUGAAACAUUGAUAACACAAACUAUUUUAUCUGUAACGUCAUUUCAUGCUUACUUAUUUAACAUGAAAUAAAAAAAUAAAAAUUUAAUUUAAAGGCC